AUGACCAGAGACGAAUUGGUAGGAAUGAUGCCGUUCCUUCACGAGAACCGCCUGGAUGGGUUGCGCACCGUGCGGAACCCUAUGCUGCACCACUCUGAUUGCUCCAAAUUGUCCGUGCAUCGUACUGCCGAUUCUCGGAAGAAUGAGAAACAAGUUGACCAAGACAAGGACAAGCAUUGA